GGUGUGCGGAUGUGAAAAGAGGUUACUGCGACUAGUGCAAUCGAAAAGUAUUGAAUUGAAAAUAAACUCAUAAUUGGAACUACUGAAAAGCGAAAAUACUGUUAAUUGGUUAAAUUGCUUGCUGUGCAAAAAAGCGUACAUUGGAGCUAUCGUACAAUUUCGUUCACAUCUGUCGAGCACAACAUAGCUUUCUGGUGUGUGUGUGGAAAAGAAAUUGAAUUGAGUGUGUGUAUGCGUAUAUCGGUUGAAUUCAAGUGAAAGAAGGGCUUUAUUAUUGUUUUCACCGUAAUUGUUCGACCGGCACGAUCCGCGGACCCGUUUAUUGUUUCCGUUUUUGUUCUACUUCUACGCGGUACAAGCAUACACCCCCAAAGAACGCGUUCUGAGUUGGGUUACAUCACCGCGUAAUUCGCGGCACGGCGGCGUGCAUUUUCGCCACAAGGCGGCCGACAACGUGGGCCACUGGAAUAGGGCUAAUUGGACCCGGGAAAUAGCGGCGGUGAUAAUUGGCACAUCCUUAUCAGCAUAAGUGAAAGCAGUACAAAGGAAACACAAAUGGUUGGAUUCGUUUCGUCACGAGAGUAAGGAAAGCAGAAUUGUGUCAGCGUGUGUGUGCGUGAACCUUCCAUAGAAACGAGUGGUUGUGUGCGUGUGUGAAGUUUUCUGUAAAGGGAAAAAAAAACACUGAAAACCUUUGUGGAGAUACAUUUUUCAUAUAAUUUGCCUCUGCGUGUAAAGAUAAAGAAUAAGUGGCCUUUGGAGGCACAUCUUCGCAACACACGUUAUUGCCGAUAAAUUAUGUCACAGCGUGACAGGGAAUCCUUCAUUCACUUAUUCGCCGGAGGUAUCGCUGGUACUGCUGGCGCCGUGGUGACAUGUCCUUUAGAGGUGGUAAAAACACGUCUGCAAAGUUCGUCGUCGUCGUUUAUCCAUGCGGCCGCCUCCACUAGACACGUGCUGGUUACCGAUGGAGGGAAAUUGACCGAUCAUCACCAUCACGUACGCCACGUGUCCGCAAUUAAUAACGCAUCCUCAGCAUCCGAUCGGCAUCAUAGCGCGGCCCGCCAUCAUCAGUCACGAGUAUGCGCUAGCACGAUCCUGACCCGACGUCGUCCUUCGAUACUGGCCAUUCCGCAAUGUGGUUUGUCAACCUCGGUACAAUCGAUUAGCAUCUGGCAAUGUCUGAAGCAUAUCGUCCAAACCGAAGGAUCACGAGCCCUGUUCAAGGGUCUCGGACCCAACAUCGUCGGAGUGGCUCCUUCUCGGGCCAUCUACUUCUGCGCAUAUUCUAAGACAAAGAAUACGCUAAAUACCGUUGGAAUUAUUCCGGCCAAUUCUCCACUGGUGCAUAUUCUGAGCGCAUCUUGCGCUGGGUUCGUUUCGUCCACGGCUACCAAUCCGAUAUGGUUCAUCAAGACGCGAAUGCAGCUGGACAGCAAUGCCAACGGUCGGAUGACGGUGGGUGAGUGCGUACGGCGCAUUUACGAAUCGCAGGGUGUCCGUGGGUUCUACAAGGGGAUCACGGCCAGCUACGUCGGCAUCUCGGAGACGGUGAUCCACUUCGUCAUCUACGAGGCUCUGAAAAAGAAACUGCUCGAGCUACGCCAGUCAUCCCCGGCAGCUAAAGCCCUUGCGGGCGGCGACUCUUCUGGUGGAUGCGAGGGUGGUAAAACGUCACGCGACUUCCUGGAAUUCAUGGCGGCCGGUGCUACGUCCAAGACGAUCGCAUCGGUGGUGGCAUACCCGCACGAAGUCGCCCGCACUCGGCUCCGGGAGGAGGGCAACAAGUACCGUAACUUUUGGCAGACGUUGCUGACCGUGUGGAAGGAGGAAGGCAAAGCCGGCCUCUACCGUGGUCUUGGUACACAGCUGGUACGACAGAUCCCCAACACAGCGAUCAUGAUGGCCACCUACGAGGCUGUCGUGUACGUGCUGACGAACCCGGCCAGUGCCAGUCUGCUGCCAACCGGUGCGGGCAACUGAGAUCGGGCCGCUGCUGGGCUUGGGGCACCGCACGAGGGGGAAAUGUUAUUGUUAAAAGACGCAACCAUCGAUGGUGACUUUCUGUUGCAGGAGGAUGAAGCCUUACCGCCACCAUCGUUGGCCUUGUUGUCAACUGCUUUGGCCACCCUGGUAGACAGCACACGUAGCGCCAGCAGCAGUACAACAGCCACCCUCGAGGAGCAAAUCCCCAUCGAUGCAGCAGCGCCAAGCACGGCCAUGGAAGAGGAAACGGUGGGCCCCGUCAGCCCUGCAUUGAUUGUGCAUUGUAUUUGUGAUUUCUUCGUGGAUCUGUAAGGUCUUGGGAAGGGAUGAUAUUACUGUGGUUUUUGAUAGUAUGUAAGUUUUGCCGAUAACAAGUAGAUUUUAGCGACGGAAGACACGAAACAUAUAACUAACUACCAGAGCAUGGUUAGGAUGAGUAUUUAUGCAGUUUAAGGACCCGCCACACACCGGCGUUGAAAGGUUGAAAGCGCAACAAAAGCACGCAGAAAGGCGGUGAAAUGAGAGGAAACAUGUUGCUGCACAAAGAAGUAAACAGGAUUAUAGGUAAUAGACACACACACGGGAGGGAAAAAGGGUUAGCCCUUCACUGUUGGUGGCACCUUUUCUUUAUCCCACAUAGACUGAUUGUUCGUAUGAUGCAAGCAUAUGCUGGAAACGGAAUCAAAGAAAUCAAAGCUGAUUGGUUUUACUUUACAUUUAUAUGUUUAUUGUUUUGAUUAAUUGUUUCACAUUACGUUCCGUUAUUAGAAAGGUAUAUGUGCUUUCGUUGAUACGAAUGCGGUUUAUUAUUCUUGAUCAUAGUUUCUUCCGUUGUAGCCGUAGUGUGUUAACCGCGUAGGAACGAGAGAGUUCGAUUAGUGUUAGCUCUUUUCGUUUGUUUUAUUUCCAUACCAGAACCCUACAAAACGAUAAGAAUAUUUUCCUUUCUUUCGUACUGUUUAGUUUGUUUUGCGUAACACGUAGCAAAACAAAUGGUACGAAGGACAAGGAGAAUUGAUUUUUGAAGCGAGGAGAGUUCAGGGAAAAUUAUAUUAAUUUUUUGUCGAAACUCAAACCCGCUUCAUUACCGACUAUAUAGAAACGAGUGGUGAAAAGGCCUUCAUCUGGCUUAACACCAGUAAAAAAUUCCAAACGCGCACAGCUACCGUUUUUUUGCUAUGAAAGCAUCGGAUGUCAAUUUCGCAGUGGUUAUGGCUUAAAGGGACAGGUAUUUUCCACAGUAGAGGAAUAUAACGGAUUCUUUCAUUUGCAGAAUGGAACGAAAGAACAUCAUCGUAAAUGCCACUAGAACAAUUAUGUUAAUUGGGCAGGAUGAUAUUUGUUUAUAAUUUGGUAAAGUAAUUGGCAAAUUGCGUGAGUCCACUGAGAGACAAAUAAGCAGCACAAAAAUAGUCAAUAUAAGUACAAAUAGGUUUUCGUUUCUUUGUAGCUCACACUGUCUAUAGUAGAUAGGUUGGAGUGUCUUUUCACGUAUAUCAACAGCAACAGGACUAAUAAUGAUGUAUUUACUCUUGUCGCCCUUCUUCUGUGUGGCGGUAGUAUUUGAAGAAGCCAACCAACAACAGCGUAGCAACAAGAUUAGUCGAAAAUACCAAAAUGAGUCAUACGCCGUUGUGUCGUAUGAUGAAUGCUAAAAUCCUAUCAAGUGCAACGAAUGUUCACUUCGCCAUUUGAAUGCUGCUAUCUAGUGUGGCAGUACGGAGACGGAAAAGAAACGGGCGACAUAGGCAACUAGAGAAAUGUCUCACUCGCGCUCACCCCAUCUCCUGGUUCGGUCAGGGGCGUCUGAUUGGCGUCAGAAAUGACGGUUUACAUGCCGCAGGAAUAUUGCACAUUAAUGCGCAUUGGUCGGCUUUGCGUUGUGUCUAAAGAAAAAAUCCCGAACAUGCAUAAUUAGUGGUUUAAAAAUAGCAUCGGGUCAUUCGAGAUCAACAGUGUGUUUCCAACAGGCACGAUAAGCGUCAACAAAACCCUUAUCCCACACCUCGUCUAUGUUCGCUCAAUUGAUGUGGGGCAGGAUAGUUCUGCCCGUCAUAAGGGACACAGUAAACAACCCAAUCAACCGUUAGUAACAACCAAAAAUUAGAAAUGAUGUGCCAAACCAUUGCUUCCCGAAAAAAUAAGCAAUGAUCCGAUGUGACAUGAAAUAAUAAGUUUCCCUAAGUUUCCAUAUUUGUUUUCGGACCUACCCUAACGCGUUGGGGAAAAGGAACGUCUGCACAUUUGCACUGAUGGCGUAAUCUUUUUUGGGUGAUUUUCUGUUGUUGCUGAACGUACGACGACCUUUCGACGCUUGCCAACCAGUCGAUGGCCACUUGCCAGUCAGAUCUGAACCAUGAUAAUGCCCCGGCCGAUGAUGAAAAGAUGGUGGUGGUGCAUAGUGACGACGAUGAUGUAACAACACAAUAAUUACCGAAUUCUCUAGCAACGAGACUUAAUAAUGCAGAGUACAAGCUUAAUGAGCCAUAAUCACUUUCAUUCAUUUAUGUUGAAACUUUUACGUAUCAUUCGUGGUAGUAACAAUGCGCGCGGUGCCCUGACGGGGUGCUCUCACGGCGCAACAAGUUAAAAUUUGAUCGUUGCUUAAGAAAGUGACGGGUUGGAUCGUUCGUUUUUUUCUGUAGCGUACGCGUUAAUUCUCUCGCUAAGAGGUGAGAAGAUGAGUCAGUUAAACAUGCCAAGAAUUUAGAUGUCCCUGUGAAAACGCAAGUUAACCUGAUAUAAAAGAGCAUGAAACAGUGGUAGCAGUAGUUUGUAGACAUUGAAACAUGAUCCCAAUCAACGAAAAAUGCUUAUGCGGAGGAUUUACAAUAAUAGAGCAGAAGGAAAUGGUUUUCCUGUGGGGGUAUUGUGUGUGUGUGUGUGCGAGCGGGCACUGUAGGCCGUUUGGCGAACCCCUGAGUCAGCGAUCCCUUGCUAAUGUGGAAGAUAAUUGUUGCUUUACAAUGGGAAGUGAGAGCCUUCGAUCGGGUAUCGUUUACGUUUAUUGAUACAAUAUCUCUAUACAUAUACACCUAAUAUUGCAUACACCCGUAUACAACAAAACCGCAUUAUUGUAGUAAGUACAUAUUUGAAAACAAAACUAGCUGAAGAAGAGAAACAGAAAACUAAAACAAAAAUUGAACGCACGAAACAAAACAAAACAAAAAAAAAAGAAAAACUGAAAAAAAGCAAUGAAAGGAAGAAAUAAGUGUUUAUUGAAACAGGAUGUUAUUUUGUUUUCUAUCGUUUUUUUUAAUGAAAUGAAUUACUAUAUACAUAUGAAUAAAGUUAAUCAAAAAU